CCGGGGCGGAGUGGGGAGCGAGGGAGGGGGCGGAGGGAAGGGGCGCGGAGAGGAGUGAGAGCCGCUUUUCCAAUUCCCAACUACGAGCCCCGAGUUUGUAGAUGGGGCUGCUCGGCGGCGCCUGCGGCUGAGGGAGAGCAGCAGCGGCGGGCGCAGGGGAGCGGUGGCGGCGCGGAGGCGGCCGAGGUGCGAGCCGCAAUGCAGCAAGUGUUGGAUAACCUUACGGAGCUGCCCUCAUCUACAGGAGCAGAAGAAAUAGACCUAAUUUUCCUCAAGGGGAUUAUGGAGAAUCCUAUUGUAAAAUCACUUGCUAAGGCUCACGAGAGGCUAGAAGAUUCAAAACUAGAAGCCGUCAGUGAUAAUAACUUAGAAUUAGUCAAUGAAAUUCUUGAAGAUAUCACUCCCUUAAUAAAUGUGGAUGAAAAUGUGGCAGAACUGGUUGGUAUACUCAAAGAGCCUCAUUUCCAGUCACUGUUGGAGGCCCAUGAUAUCGUGGCAUCAAAAUGUUAUGAUUCACCUCCAUCAAGCCCAGAAAUGAAUAAUUCUUCUAUCAAUAAUCAGUUAUUACCAGUAGAUGCCAUUCGUAUUCUUGGUAUUCACAAAAGAGCUGGGGAGCCAUUGGGUGUAACAUUUAGGGUCGAAAAUAAUGAUCUGGUAAUUGCCCGAAUCCUUCAUGGAGGAAUGAUAGAUCGACAAGGUCUGCUUCAUGUGGGAGAUAUCAUUAAAGAAGUCAAUGGUCAUGAGGUUGGAAACAAUCCAAAGGAAUUACAAGAAUUACUGAAAAAUAUUAGUGGAAGUGUCACCCUAAAAAUUUUACCAAGCUAUAGAGAUACCGUAACCCCUCAACAGGUGUUUGUGAAAUGUCAUUUUGAUUAUAAUCCAUACAAUGAUAACCUGAUACCCUGCAAAGAAGCAGGAUUGAAGUUUUCAAAAGGAGAAAUUCUUCAAAUUGUGAACAGAGAAGAUCCAAACUGGUGGCAGGCUAGCCAUGUAAAAGAGGGAGGAAGCGCUGGUCUCAUCCCAAGCCAGUUCCUGGAAGAGAAGAGAAAGGCAUUUGUUAGAAGAGACUGGGACAAUUCAGGACCUUUUUGUGGAACCAUAAGUAGCAAAAAAAAGAAAAAGAUGAUGUAUCUCACAACCAGAAAUGCAGAAUUUGAUCGUCAUGAAAUCCAAAUAUACGAGGAGGUAGCCAAAAUGCCUCCUUUCCAGAGAAAAACAUUGGUAUUGAUAGGAGCUCAAGGUGUGGGACGAAGAAGCUUGAAAAACAGGUUCAUAGUGUUGAAUCCCACUAGAUUUGGAACUACAGUGCCAUUUACUUCACGGAAACCAAGGGAAGAUGAAAAAGAUGGUCAAGUAUAUAAAUUUGUGUCACGGUCUGAGAUGGAAGCAGAUAUUAAAGCUGGAAAAUAUUUGGAACAUGGGGAAUAUGAAGGAAAUCUCUAUGGAACCAAAAUCGAUUCUAUUCUUGAAGUUGUCCAAACUGGACGAACUUGUAUUUUGGAUGUCAACCCACAAGCCCUGAAAGUGCUGAGGACUUCUGAGUUCAUGCCCUAUGUUGUAUUUAUUGCUGCUCCAGAACUAGAGACGUUACGUGCCAUGCACAAGGCGGUGGUGGAUGCUGGUAUCACUACUAAGCUUUUGACGGACUCUGACUUGAAGAAAACAGUGGACGAAAGUGCACGGAUUCAAAGAGCAUACAACCACUAUUUUGAUUUGAUCAUCGUAAACGACAAUCUAGACAAAGCCUUUGAGAAACUACAAACUGCCAUAGAGAAGCUGAGAAUGGAGCCACAGUGGGUCCCAAUCAGCUGGGUUUACUGAUGAUUCAAUAAGGUUCAUAAUGGAAAUAAAACUUUUUAAAAGUAACUGCAACAAAUAAGCCUUCUACUGAGAAAAUACAUGCACAGAUAGAAGAUAUCUGCCAAGUUCAGGCAUUUUUAUUGUGUAGAUUGAAAUACCAGUACACUAUUCUGAAUUUUUAUAUAAAAUGUGGUUGGGAAGGUGUACUAAUAUAUAAUUUAUCUUAAUUUUUCUAACUUUUUAUGGAUAACCUUUCUAUUCAUACCACAUAAAGAAAUGCGUUGAAGCAUUUUGUAUAUG